UAGAAAUGCACGGCCUUUCGUCGCUAUGGGAGAUUCCACCCGAGAUUAUAGCCCAUAUGCCAGCUCUGAAGAUAUUAGAUAUUCGAAGCAAUGUGCUGCGGCAUAUGAAGGCGCGACUUCUUAAGGAAUCUCCGAGUUUGGAGCACGUUUAUCUGAGCGAUAACAAAUGGGACUGCAGCGAUGGCGGGCUGGACUGGCUAGCAAUGGAAAGAGACAACGACACAGUUAAGAGGAAGAUAGUAGAUUAUUACAAACUCAUGUGCCACCAGCAGCUGUACCGAGGCAAACCGCUGCAUAAAGUGAUGGACUUCAUUAGAAUGGUCCGCCACACCUGCCCAGAACCCUGCUCCUGCGUGAUGACGUACGUGGCGGAGGACAAGCAUGGCGGUCUGAUCCCCAUCAUCACAGCCAACUGCACGGGGCUGGGGCUCGCGGAGGCGCCGGACACCCUCCCGCCGGGCACCACCACCGUGCGGCUUGAUGGGAACAAGCUUGACUCGAUCGGAACUCUGCUGCAAAACCCUUACUAUAAGAAAAUUGCUGAUCUCUACUUGGACAACAACAGCCUUUCCACGGUGAAGGAGCUGGAGGGCUCGGAGUGGUUCAACACAUUCCGGCUGCUAAGUCUGAAAGGGAAUUUGCUCAAACAGAUUCCCGUUUACGCGUUCGACAAAGCGUUCCAAAGCAACAAUAACAUAAUGCAUGUGUUCCUCGGUGACAAUCCUUGGCGCUGCGACUGUCACUUCAUCCCGCGCUUCAAGACGCUGUUGCUCAAAUACAAGCGGGUGAUACAGGAUUUGCCUGACAUACGCUGUUCGCAAUCGGAUGACAAGACUUUAUCGCUUGUGCAGAUCAGCACAUUGCCUUUGGGAAGAGUCUGCCGCAGCGGCCCCGAGAUGCCUAUAAGCACCAUAAACAUAAUCAAUGUGACCCUGGCUACCCUUCUGUUUAUAGUCAUAGGGAGGUUUCUGUAUGAUUGGCACAGUUUCAAGAACACGGGGAAAUUGCCAUGGAUAUCCUCUAUUUUACCUUGAUGAACGGAGGG